UUCUUCAUUUCAUAUUUGGAAAAACAAAUUUGAAAGAAAUAAUCUGUUCUCAAGUUUUUCUUGGGAAAAUUUAAAUUGAAAACAUUUUCUCAUUAUGAUGGAUGAAUCAAGUUGUGAUUUUGCUAAUUUGCAAAACCAGUUGCAAUUAGCCAGAAACGAAAUAAAUAAUUUGAGGCAACAAUUAACCACAUUGAAAUAUGAACAAAAGAAAAUGUGUAAAGAGAUCUCCAAUAAGUUGGUCAAUUUCAAGUGCAACAGUUGUAAAUCAAACUCAAAUGCAAUUCAGCCGUCUACAUCUAAAAAUGGAAUAUCAGAUCCCAAUAAUGGAGAUUUCAAAUAUAUAGGAACCAUACACACAGAAUUUCCCUCAAAAAGAGGUGUUCCAAGGCAACCGAAUCUGUGCAGUGAAGCAAUAGGAAAGCUAGUGCUCAAUAGUGAUGUGUUUACAAACCCUCAUCAUGCAUUAGAGGGCUUGGAAAAGUUCUCUCACAUGUGGAUUCUUUUUCACUUUCAUCAAACGGAAGCAACACAUAUACCCGCUAAAAUUUCCCCACCAAGACUUAACGGAAUGAAAGUGGGAGUUUUUGGAACACGAUCACCACAUAGGCCAUCUCCAAUAGGUUUAUCAUUAGUAAAAAUAAAUGAAAUAUCUGGUAAUAUAAUUACUUUCAAUGGGGUAGAUAUGAUGGAUCAAACACCAGUUUUGGAUAUUAAACCAUUUAUACCACAUUAUGAUGUACCAAAUUCAGUGGCAUAUGGAUAUAGUUCCAGUGAAAGAUCUGCAUGGAUGAAUCCAAGUGAAGCAGGUGGGUCAUCUGAAGAAUACAAUAUGAUAAGACAAUUUGAAAAUGAACCAACACCCCAAAACAGCGAAUCUCGAACAUUAGUAGGCCAAGAAAGUAUCAGAGACAUGGUUCCAGGAGCUAGUGUUAAUAAUGAUAGAAGGAACUCUUCAUCAAAUGAUAGCGCAAAUUUAAGAAUGGUAGAACGUGAAGCACCUGAUGGAGAAGAGGAAGACUCUGUUACCAAUAUUAAUACAAAUCCAAAUGUAUCAUCGCGAUCAGGUUAUCCAUAUAAUGGCGAAAUUCUAGUACCUAGAUGGUUGGACAACCCAGUGGUGCCAACACUAACUGUGAAAUUUAGAAUGUCAGCAAAAGUUCAGUUACGUCAAUUUGGAUCAGAGGAACAGACAAAAAAGAAAAUUAUUGAGAAUAUAUUGUCCCAAGAUCCACGUUCUAUCUACUUGAGGGAACAACAGAGAGACAGUGAAUUUGUGUUCAGGAUAGCAGGGGUAUACGUUUGUUGUAUCUUUGACGAUUCUCAGCGAACAGUUUUUGUCAACAAAAUAUUGAUGGCUGACGAAUAUGGUCCCAAUGAACGAAUUUCUCCUCAAACAUAAAUACUUUCAGCACUCAAGAAGGCUGUGAUUUAAUAUUUUUGCUGACUCGAAUAUAUUUAUUUCAAUUGGAGGUAGGAGUUUUUAAAUUAAUUUCUAGACCUCCUAUUGCGAUGUACCUUUUUUUAUUGACGUGAUGAUUUGUUAACCUUAAGGUAUAGAAAAGGAAUUUUGAAGGUAGACGAAUCAUAUAAAAUUUUAUUUCGAAUGUGUUGAAAGCGUUAGUGAAAGCCCAUAGAUAGAAUCGUUUCAAGCUUCUUUAAUGUGAUAAUGAUAUCCAAAAUUAUGAUCUCCAUUAAAAAAUUAAAACAAAUGAAAGACAUCAGGUUAGGCAUUUGUGUUGAUACUGGUAAACUUUUAUUUGACAACAACUGAAUCUAUUUAUUAUUUCUUGUUUGAUUCAAUCAAAAAUUUUCCGUUUUUAAGCUUUGAAAGGAUACAUAUAACAAAGUUUCAGAAAUUUUAUAUGCUAUAUGCAUACAUUUUUUUAGUGAGCAGUUUUUCUGUGUACUUAUCAAUAUAGUUCUCUUUUAAAUAAUAACACAAAACGCUUAUUUUUAAUAGAAAAGUAAUAUUAUACGAUGUAUUGAACUCAGUUAACAAAAAAUAAAGGAUGAACAGGGAUGAAUUAUAAACCUUGUUAUUCUUGUAGUUUUUGAUGUUCCAGACUAUGAAUAGACAGACUUUAUUGUUGAAGCAAAAAGCAAGUUCUUAAUUCUGUUAUUAUUAUCUGUAAUUAUGUGAUUUGUAAAUAUUUUUAAAUUGUACUUGUAUCAGUUGACUUAAAAUGUUUGUUUAAUUGGACAAAUUCAUUUUUUAUGAUAUCAAUAUUCCAUGUAACAUACCUAUUUUUGAAUUUAUUAAAAAAGUUGACA